UCCACAAAACUCCCCUUCAGCACCGUGGACAGGGACACACGCCUGUCGCGCGCGAGACACAACGCGCACACACACUCACGCGCGCACACACAAACACACACACAUACACGGUGUAACCUCUUGCAGCCGCAGAAGCAUCAUCAGCAGACGCGCGCGCGCACGCACGAUCCUCCUCCUCCUGCUGCUUUUUUUUUUUUCCUUGCACAAACACGAGCGCGCAGCCGGAGCUCGUGCCAUUUGCAAAACUUCCAGCGCGCACACACACUCUCGCACUUACACUUACGUUUUUACACAGAGCUCGAGGAGUGUUCGGUGUGUCAUAAGGGGUGUCAUCUCGUUAUCUUGUGCACGUCGCGAGCGCUUUGGAUUCAGAGUGACCGAUUUUUUUUGCUACUUUAUUUAUUUAUUUAUUUACUUAUUUGUUUUAUUUAUUUCUUUGUGACAUAUUUGCCACCAAAAUGUUGCUCGAGCAUCCCGGAUCGAGUUGCCAGAACGCGGGAAAUUACUCCAGGUACAGCGCGAGCCAAGAUAUCCCGGUGUGUGCCGGAUGCAGUCAGCCUAUAGUGGACCGGUUCAUUCUGAAGGUUCUGGAUCGACACUGGCACAGCAAGUGCCUGAAGUGCAGCGACUGCCAGAGCCAGCUCUCCGAGAAGUGCUUCACCCGCGGAGACAGCGUCUACUGCAAAGAGGACUUCUUCAAGAGGUUUGGGACGAAGUGUGCGGCGUGUCAGCAGGGUAUCCCCCCCACUCAGGUGGUCCGCAGGGCGCAGGACUUCGUCUACCACCUGCACUGCUUCGCCUGCAUCGUCUGCAAGAGGCAGCUGGCCACCGGAGACGAGUACUACCUGAUGGAGGACAGCCGGCUCGUCUGUAAAGCGGAUUACGAGACGGCCAAGCAGAGAGAAGCAGAUUCUACAGCUAAGAGGCCGCGGACGACCAUCACGGCCAAACAGCUGGAAACCCUGAAAAACGCCUAUAAUAACUCACCUAAACCAGCCCGACACGUCCGCGAGCAGCUCUCCUCAGAGACCGGCCUGGACAUGAGAGUAGUACAGGUGUGGUUCCAGAACAGACGGGCGAAGGAGAAGAGGCUGAAGAAGGACGCGGGACGGCAGCGGUGGGGACAGUACUUCAGGAACAUGAAGAGAUCGAGAGGAAGCUCUAAAUCUGAUAAAGACAGUAUUCAGGAGGAGGGGAUGGACAGCGACGCCGAGGUUUCAUUUACAGACGAGCCCCCCAUGUCAGACCUCGGCCACUCCAACGGCAUCUACAGCAGCCUGAGCGACGGUUCUCCAGCUUUGGGUCGGCAGGGUGGUCCUCACCCUCCAUUUCCUCUGGAUCAUGGAGCCGUUCUGCAGUCUCAGGACCAGUUUCAUGACCUGCGAGCCAGCAGCCCCUACGGUCUACCCCAGUCCCCAGGCUCCCUGCAGGCCCUCCCCAGGCAACAGCCCCUCAUCUCCAGCCUGGUCUACCCAGACUCCGGCCUGUCCAUGGUGGGUCCGGGCGGUGGAGGACCUGGGAUGCCUCCUGCCGUGCGAAUGGUCGGUGGAGGAAACGGUCCAAGUUCAGAUAUUUCAACCGGCAGCAGCGGAGGGUACCCGGACUUCCCGGCGAGUCCGGCGUCUUGGCUCGACGAGGUGGAUCACAGCCAGUUUUGAUGACUGUGCUUAAAGGAACUGGGCAGGAAAUGGCUGUACGAGAUGAGAUGGUGGACUCUCGAGUGGACUUGUGAGAAAGAGCUUGAGAGGAUGACUGUUUGAUGUCAUUUGAAAGUCAUUGUCUUUAUUGUCGUCUGCAUGGUACAAGGAUGUGCAAGUGGUUUUGGACAAUUGGGACGGUUGUCGGAAUCCAUGUGAACAGACUUGGACGUCCAACCAGGUGACAACGAAACCAGGUGAUUUGGGUCUUGGGUUUGGAUCGAUUGGCAAGGUUUACAAGAACUAACAAUAAGAACCAAGUACCAUCUACAGAUUCUGAGGAAGGCUACACUUCAAACCAUCAAAUUACCAAGAUUCCUGAGACACAAAUACCAUAGUUAGCAUAUAGAAGAAUGUGCAAGAUGUUUUAAAGCAAUGGAAUCCAUGUGAACAGACUUGGACGUCCAAUCAGGUGAUAACGAAACCAGGUGAUUUGGGUCUAGGGUUUUGAUCGAUUGGCGAUGUUCUACAAGAACUCAAUAGCGCCAUCAAUGAGGCAAGGUCCGAUUUUUGACCUCUUUAGAAAUGGGACUGGGCUUUAGGUAACGUCUACAGAUUUUGGGGAAGGUUACACUUCAAACCAUCAAAUUACCAAGAUUUUGGCUUUUUUAGUUUUUAUCGAUUGGCGACUGGUUCAACAAGAACUUAGUAGAGGCAUCAAUAAGGUCUUAUUAGACAUCCUUAAGCCUGAGACUGGGCUUAAGGUAACGUCUACAGAUUCUGGGGAAGGUUACACUUCAAAACGUCAAAUUACCAAGAUGCCUGAGACAAAAAAUACCCUAGUUAGAAAUGAGAAGAAUGUCCAAGAAGUUUUGAAGCAACUGAAUCCAAUUGAAACCAGGCUUUUUUGGUUUUGAUCCAUUAGUGAGGUUCUACAAGAAGUCAAUAGCAUCAUCAAUGUGUUGAGGUCCAAUUUUUGACCUUCUUAGGACUGGGACUGGGCUUUAAGUACCAUCUACAGAUUCUGGAGAUGACUAAACCUCAAACCAUCAAAUUAUCAAAAUACCUGAGACAAAACCAACCCAGUUAGUGAACUAUUUCCCAAUUGGACAACUUAGUCCUCAGUCCCAAGGCAACUGGAACUGGAUUUGGACGUCCAACCAAGUGAUAACAAGACCAGGCAAUGGUUUUGUUCUAUGAGAACUCAAAAGCGCCAUCAAUAAGGCGAAGUCCGAUUUCUGACCUCCUCAGGACUUGGACUGGGCUUCAGGUACUGUCUACAGAUUCUGGAGAGGACUACACCUCAAACCAUCAAAGUUACCAAGAUGCCUAAGACAAAUAAUAUCCGUACCCCAGUCAACAAAACGCUGUUCCUCAUUGGACGGUUGAAUCAGCAGUUGAAUCAGCACUUUGUCGAAUUGUCGAUUAAUUAAAGACAAAACUAAGACCAUAGUCAAGACCCUCCCCAAUCACCACUGGUAUUGAUGUCUUCUGAACCACAGAUCGGACGUUUGUAAGCCUAAACUUUAUCGUUUCUGUCUCUUCUUGAUAUCUAAGUGUAACAUCACCAGUUUUGGUCGAAUUGUCUGGUCGUUGCCAAAUGUCUAUAUAUAUAUACAUAUAUAUAUAUACAGUACAGUAUAUAGCAACUCAGCAUUGUGGAGUCUUUAUUUUUAUACAGCCCUCCUUGGACAUCAUGAAUACAGAUAUUAAAACAAAAAAAAUAUUUAGGUCUUUGUACAUUUAACACUAAAAAAACAGGGAUAGACAAGUUGUAGUUGUUGUCUCUCGUUACUCAAUAGGACUACUUCUAUGCAUUUGUGUGUUUUCAGAUGUAUCUCGUUCGUUUCAGUCUAUUGAAACAGCCUAGGCAAGCGGAACCUUACUCUAAUCUAAGUGUUUGUUUAUGUGAAAGAUGUUUUAUGUCUUAUUUAUUCUCUCUGAUGAUGAUGAUAAUUAUGAUUAUGAUUAAGUGAUACAGGUCUUUAAUAAAUUUGUCAGUGAAAUCCA